CAUAAUUACAUGCAUUAUUUAAAAAAAAAAAUGAUGUUUUUCCGGUGACCUUUAAAUCAGUUUUAAAACCAGCGGCUGCCAGGCAGGAUACGCCCACAUUUUCGAGAGAUGGAUAGAGAACAAGCUAAAAAGAAAGUGAUUUUUCCUACAAUCAAUGGCCAUAAUUCAGGAAAUUACAAUUCGAUAUGCGUAAAUGUUUUUCCGGUGACCUUUAAAUCAGUUUUAAAACCAGCGGCUGCCAGGCAGGAUACGCCCACAUUUUCGAGAGAUGGAUAGAGAACAAGCUAAAAAGAAAGUGAUUUUUCCUACAAUCAACGGCCAUAAUUCAGGAAAUUACAAUUCGACAUGCGUAAAUAUCGAAAGGAACCGAGAUCUUUGGGUUAUAAUCUUACAUUUCAAGUUUCAACAAAAUCAGAUAAAAAUAUUGACCUCUAUCGGGUCCACAACCUUGAUAUACCAUAUUUUUAUGCUAUUUGAGAACGAAGGGAGGCCAUUUUGUCUGUCAGUUUUGGGCCAAUUUUCACGAAAUUCGAACUCAUUCGACCAUAGGGUGUAACGGUGAUAUAAUAAUACGUUUUUUUAAAUCGGAUAAAAAUUAUGACCUCUAUAGGGUCCACAAGCUAAAAAAGCGAUUUUCCGUACAAUCAGGGGUCAUAAUUCAGUAAGUUACGGUCCGAUAUGCGCGAAUAUCGAAAGGAACCAAGAUCUUUUGGUUAUAAAUUUACAUUUCAAGUUUCAACAAAAUUGGAUAAAAAUUGUGACCUCUAUAGGGUCCACAACCUUGAUAUACCAUAUUUGUACGCUAUUUGAGAACGAAUGGCGGCCAUUUUGUCUGUCAGUUUUGGGUCGAUUUUCACGAAAUUUGAACUCAACCGUCCUUAGGGUUUAACGGUAAUAUAACAAUACGGUUUUUUUAAUCGAUAAAAAUUAUGACCUCUAUAGGGUCCACAAGCCAAAAAACGCAUUUUUACGUACAAUCAGGGGCCAUAAUUCAGGAAGUUACGGUCCGAUAUGCGCGAAUAUCGAAAGGAACCAAGAUCUUUGGGUUAUAAACUUACAUUUCAAGUUUCAACAAAAUCGGAUAAAAAUUGUGACCUCUACAGUGUUCACAAGCUAAAAACGUGAUUUUUCGUUCAAUCAGGGGCCAUAAUCCAUGAAGUUACAGUCCAAUACAUGCCAAUAUCAAAAGGAACCGAGAUCUUAGGGUGAUAAAGCUAUAUUUCAAGUUUCAUUGAAAUCGGAUAAAAAUUGUGACCUGUGACCUGUAUUACUUUUUAUGUAGGAACCUUUUUUAGACAUGUAACUGUCAAGAUCGGUCGCAUUAUUUCUGUUACAUCCUUUUUGUAUUCCUGAUUGUUUUCAAAUUUGAGUGAAGUCUGUGUCACUACAGGCCUGGGACUGUACAGCGCAGUGGACGCUUACGGCUGGCCCCCGAAUGCAGUCACUUGAUUUGAUAUUUGUUUAUUUGUGCAAUGUCUAUUUUCUGUCUUGUCCGCAGGUUUAUCUUGUAGAUUUUUGUUUUACGUGUAGUGCGGUCCUCCUGCACUUACUAUUAGAGUAGAGUUUUAACCCUUCGUACUGCAGAAUGUUCUCGUUGUCGGGUUUUGCUCCUGUUUGCUCACUCAACUGGCAGACUAUCGCCACUGAGGAGACGACCACUGUCAAGAUUGGUCGCAUUAUUUCUGUUACAUCCUUUUUGUAUUCCUGAUUGCUUUCAAAUUUGAGUGGGAGCCACGGCGGCUAGGUGGUUAAGACGCUGGCUCGCUAGCCUGGAGGUCGGGUGUUCGAUCCCUGCAUUGGCCGAGAAAGUUCAUCCUGAUUUUCCGACGUGGUUUCCCCUUGUCAGUGGUGCAGGAAAGGGGGUCUGACAAGGACAGCUGUCUAGUCCUUCAGAGGUCCCGUGUAUACAUUGGAAUGCACGUUAAAGAUCCAUCGACGUACAAAGCAUGUAUACGAACAUUGAUAAUAACACAGGUAUUGAAGCAGUUAGGAAAGCAUUUCUUAGGAACCCGCAAGCAUCCAGGCCGGACGAAGAAAUCCUCAAACUACUCAACAUUUGUCUGAGGAGGAAUGACUUCGCUUUUAACGACCAAGUAUACCUUCAGUCUUCCGGAACUGCGAUGGGAAAACGAUUUGCCCCGAGUUAUGCAAAUCUCUUCAUGGCGGAGUGGGAAAGGGAAGUUCUGCCACUCUGUCCAUUAAAACCAGAUUUCUAUGGGCGGUUUUUAGAUGACGUUUUCAUAGUCUGGACCUACCUACUUGACGAAUUUUGGACGUUUUUCAACAUUCUGAACAAUCAUCAUCCAUCUGUCAAAUUAACCGCAAAUGUAAGCCAUAACAGCAUAGAUUUCCUUGAUACUACCGUUUUUAAAAGUAACAACACCAAAAUCACAGGCCAAUUGGAAACUAAAGUAUUUUUCAAAGAAACCGACACACAUCAAUUAUUGUUCAAAAGCUCCUUUCACCCAAAACAUACAUUCUCUGGCAUCAUAAAAUCUCAGAUUCUCCGUUUUCAUAGGAUAUGUACUCAGAAGACCGACUUUGAGUCAGCAUGUACAUUGGUAUUUAGCAAACUAAGGGAAAGGGGAUACUCCAAACGCUAUCUACGACGUAUAAAAAACAACACUCUAGCUGAGCUUGCCGCCAAAGAAACAAAUAAUAUACAAUCAGCACAUAAAACCAAAAUUUGUGGCCAUCCAAGAUGUCAAACAUGCAAAAUCUUAGACAUAUCCGACCAUUUCCAUAACAAAACAUCUGGCACAAAAUUCCCAAUAUUAGACCAACUUUCAUGCAGUAGUUCAAACAUAAUUUAUCUAAUCUCAUGCAGAAAAUGUGACAAGCAAUACGUAGGGGAGACUCAAAAUGCACUUAGGGAAAGAAUUAACGGUCACCGGUCUGACAUAGUCACCAAAAAAGACAAACCUGUCUCAAUUCAUUUCAACCAACCAAAUCAUGACAUUUCUGAUCUCAUUGUCACGCCAAUAGAAAAGACCAAGAGCGACUUUGAAACUUCAGAAGAAAUUAAAACGUUUAGGCUAACAAGAGAAAAAUUCUGGAUUGACAAAUUGAAAACAACAGCCCCCCCCUAGGUUUGAAUAUUCAUACGGCUAGCGCAAUAGCUCCUUUUGUAGUUCCAUUUAGCGCAACAGCAGCAAGUGCGUCCAAAAUCAUCAGGAAACACUAUACUGAUCUCCAAGAAAAUCACCCGAAAAUAUUCACACAGAAACUUAUAAUUGCAUAUUCUAAAAAUAAAAAUCUGAACGACAUCCUAGUGCACAGUAAAUUAGAUUAAAUAAGACCAGUCUCCACCCUGACCCAAAACAAACCAUAUAUCAAAUCCUAUGCCUAACCGUUAGUAAAUAAAAUCAAUUACAUAUAAGAAUCCCUAGCCCUAACCCGGUGACGUGGAACAAACACGAUUUUUUAGAAAACACACUAAUGUGGCUCUCUCCCGAGAGCCUCAAAUUUAUUUUCUUUUUUCUUCAGAAACAAUAAUACCAGAAUACCAGAAGCACCACCCAAGGAAGACCUGGUGGUGGUUGGUGGAAGCCCGGUGGUGGUUGGUGGAAGCCUGGUGGUGGUUGGAAUCUGCUUCGUAGCUGUGGCCAUUCCAUUGGUAGUUGAGUUGGCGUGGGAAGGAGUGGGCGUCUGGUGCGGGGCCUAUCCAUGUUCCAGUAGUGGUGGGUUUAAAAUGUCUAGUCCAGUCAAACAAAUACAAAACCUACCUUGAAAUAAAUGAUUAAUUUGUGCUGUAAUUAAGAAGAGCUGUUUAAAGAUGGGUAGAAAAUAGAAGAGUGAAGUUAGUAACCAAAAUCAACAAAGCAGGUUUCCAAGGGAAUGAAAUCUACUCACUACCUUAUAACAAUAGCAUUUUUAAACUUUAAACUAAAGUAAAUAUCACCACUGGAAAGAAAAGGCUAGCUGGAUACUCAAGACAAUAGAGACUGAUUGAAAUAGUUAAAGUGGUUAUAACACCCUACUAAAAUAUUUAAAGGGGCUAAAACACCCUACUACAAUAACUUUAACAUGGAGAUGUGUUUGGAUGAAGUUUGAAAAUAGUGUGAUGGUCAUUUGAGCAGAAUUUCUUGAAGAUAUUUGUCAAUAAAGAUUUGGGUUGAGGAAGAUGGCUGAGCACAAAAUGAAAAAAAAGUACACUGUAAUAUUUAUAUACGCAGUUAUUCGCCUUGCUAAAACAGAUCGGAGUUAUAUAUUGUCCAAUCGACGUUGUCUAAUCCACCAACCAAAACGCAAGAUUCACAAGCAUGUUACAAUGCUGUGUCGAUACUGUUUUUUUCCCCCGUCUCGGAAGUGGUGUUUGGUAACUAUGUUUUUAGGACAAUUGUGAUACUUAAGUGAAUGGUGAACUUUGUGUCGUAAGGUGACGACUGUGAUUAACUUUAUAGUGAAUUUUAAAGUGAACCUUAAUUUCAUGAAAACCCAUGCUUUCUAACAUGGCGGAUCUCCAUAGACAUCAUGAACUCUGUGAACCGUGAACUCUGUGAACUGUGAAUUCCGUGACUUGUGAACUCUAAUUAUUGAAUUAGAACUGUCAACAAAGAAAGCUGUCAACUUGUUUAUGUUUAUACUGUAACUCCUGUUUCUUGUAUAUGUUUAUUUACAUAAAUAUUCAUUAAUA